GACGCCGAGCGGGGACGUAGACGGAGACGGCUGGGAGCCGGGAGAGACCCAGGGUGCUGCCUGCCCCACCAUGGCCCCCCCAGCGUCUGCCCUGCUGCUGGGGUUGCUGCUGCCCUGUGCCCUGGCCUGGUCCAGCCCCCUCAGCACUCCCCGUGUCUACCUGCCCUACAAAGAGCUCCUGCAGACCCGCACUGCUCGGCCCUUCGCUUUUGCCUUCAACACCAGCGACUAUCGGAUCCUGCUGGUGGACCAGGACCAGGACCGGCUCUACCUGGGCGCCCGCGACUACCUGGUGGCCCUCGACCUCCACAAUGUCAACAAGGAGCCACUCAUUAUCCACUGGCCGGCGUCCCAGAGUCAGCAGAGUGCCUGCCACAUGGCGGGGAAGGGGCAGCGGGACGAGUGUUUCAACUACGUGCGUCUGGUGGAGCCCGUGAACCGCACCCACCUGUACGUCUGCGGGACGGGGGCCUGGCAGCCCGUCUGCGCCAUGGUGCACCGCGGCUGGAGGUCGGAGGAGUACCUGUUCCGCAUGGUGCCCCGGUCGCUGGAGCCGGGGAAGGGGCGCUGUCCGUACGACCCCCGGCAGAGCAGUCUGGCCACACUUGUCAACGGGACGCUCUACGCUGGGCUGCACGUGGAUUUCAUGGGCACAGACGCGGCGAUUUUCCGCACCAGGGGCCCCCGGGCGGCCGUUCGCACGGAGCAGCACGACUCGCGCUGGCUGUACGACCCAGUUUUCCUCCGGGCUCACGUGGUGCCGGACAGCUCCGAGCGCAGCGACGACAAACUCUAUUUCUUCUUCCGCGAGCGGGCGCUGGAGGGCGCCGUGGGGCCCGGUGUGCUGGCCCGGGUCGGCCGGGUCUGUCUGAACGAUGACGGCGGGCAGCGGGCCCUGGUGAGUAAGUGGACGACGUUCCUGAAGGCCCAGCUGGUUUGCUCCGUGAUGGGCGAGGACGGAGUGGAGACCUUCUUCGACGAGCUGCGAGACAUUUUCCUGCUGCCGACUCAGGAUGAGAAGAACCCCCGGGUGUACGGGCUGUUCUCCACCCUGGGGUCGGUGUUCCAGGGCUCGGCCGUCUGCGUGUACCCCCUGAGUGCCAUUCGCAGCGUGUUCAACGGCCCCUUCGCCCACAAAGAGGGGCGCAGCUACCAGUGGGUGCCCUACACCGGCCGCGUGCCCUACCCCCGCCCCGGAGCCUGCCCGGGCGGCGUGUUCACCCCGGGGCUGGGCUCCACACGCGAGUUCCCGGACGAGCUGGUGACGUUCGUGCGCUCACACCCGCUGAUGUAUGACCCCGUGUACCCGGCGCCACGCCGCCCCCUGCUGGUGCGCGCCGGCCUCCCCUACAGCUUCACCACGCUGGCGGUCGACCUGGCCCAGGCGGCUGACGGGCGCUACGAGGUGCUUUUCCUCGGCACCGACCGGGGCACUGUGCAGAAAGUGGUGGUGCUGCCCAAGGACCCAGGUGUCCGGGAGGAGCUGACGCUGGAGGAGGUGGAGGUGUUCAAGACCCCCGUCCCUGUGAAGACCCUCUGGAUUUCGUCGAAGCGGCACCAGCUCUACGUCUCCUCGGACGUGGGCCUGACCCAGCUGAGUCUCCACCGCUGUGGAGCCUACGGCCCGGCCUGCGCCGACUGCUGCCUGGCCCGGGACCCCUAUUGUGCCUGGGACGGGCGUCGCUGCGCCCGCUACAGCCCCGCCCCCGCCAGGCGUGUCCGGCGCCAGGACAUCAAACACGGAGACCCCCUUCGCCAGUGCCGGGGUUUCAAUGCCCAGGCGGAGCAGCAGCUGGUGGAGCAGGUGCAGUUCGGGGUGGAGGGGGGCAGUGUGUUUCUGGAGUGCCGGGCCCCCUCCCCCCACGCCCAGGUCAGGUGGCUGCGGCAUCCGGAGGGCGGCGCCCGACGCCUGCUGCCCCGGGAGCGGGUCCUGCUGCAGACGCCCCAGGGGGUCCUGCUGGCCCCGGUGACACCGGCGGACGAGGGCCGGUACCAGUGCGUGGGCACCGAAAACGGCUACACCCGCUCUCUGCGCCGUCUGCUGCUGCACGUCCUGCCCCACGGCCUGCUGGGGGGCUCCCCGCCCCCCGUCUGCCAGGGCGCCCGCGUCGGAGCCAGCCGGGGGGGCCGGAGCUCCCCCCCCCGGAACUGA